AUGGCGACGUUACCCCAGGCCGCGACAGAGAUGCCGCUGGCCAGGAAAGUCCGCAUCGACACUCGGGCGGUGGAUGGUGUCCGUGGUUUCGCCGUGUUUCAUAUCGUGGUGGGGCACCUCUUGCUCUUCAGCCGCGUGCAGGAGCUGUGGGAACCUUCAGAUGAAGAGUUGGUUGAGCAGUUGCCGCGUUUCGACUUCACAGAUACCAUUUGCCCAGAAGGGUGGCUCCGACUGGGUGAUACGUGCUAUGCAUCUGCCCCAUGUGGUCGCGAGCACUUGACGUGGUCUCAAGCCGAGGCAGUUUGUGCACAGAUGGUGCCAGGGGGGCACUUGAUGUCCGCGUCGACAGCACAGAUGGCCGCAGUCACGCAGACAUUUUACCCGUGGAUCUCUGACUGGUCUGAGCUAUUCUGGACCGGCCUGAACGAGAGAGACGAGAAGGGAAAAUGGCAAUGGACGACAGGCAGAGAAAACCCCUCGUUCACAUGGUUGGAUGGUGAGCCAAACGAUUGGGGAGGACAGGACGAGCUUUGCGCAGCUGGUUAUGCAGGUGGCCUCCUCCUCGAUGCCGCAUGCGAAUACCCCUUCAGAUACCUCUGCAGUGUGGAAGCGAAGAUGGAGCAUUGCCCAGCUCCCUGUGCCCAAGAGACGCCUGGUUGGAAUGGAGACACAUGGCGUUGUAGAGAGCAAGGCCCGGAAGGCGAGUGUCAAGAUGGUGGCUUCGGCACUGUGGCAUUGAUGGGCGGAGGCUCUAUGGGCCUUUUCUACAUCAUCUCUGGCUUCGUGAUGGCUGUGGGGUAUUGCCAGGUGAAGCUGCAACUUUGCGGUGUCUGUUGCGGAGGGGAUCCAGACAUGCCGAGAUUAAAUGCUUGUCAAUUCUGGGCACGUCGCUUGGUACGACUUGCCCCGACGUACUUCCUGACGAAUGCCAUCGGUGUGGCCUUGAAAGCAGCUUUCUCGACAGAGGAGUUUGACAAUUUCACGGCUUCCCAGUACGUGCAGUCUGUUCUCGGCUUGACUUCCUGGAGCUUUGUCGCACCUGUUGGUAAUGGCUUGACAUGGACGAUAUCGACGAUGCUUUUCUUCUACCUCUGUUUCCCUGUUCUGGGACCCGCCGUGCAGCGUGUUCCACUCGAGGGCCUCCGGGCACUCGCAUGGACCAUGUACGCACUGCAGGGGCUGCUGAUGAUGCUCGGCUAUACUUUCGACACACCGGGUUACUGGAUUCGAAUGUGGCCACCAGUGCGACUGCCCAUCUUCGUCAUGGGCAUAUGUGCCGGGCUGUCGCGGGUUCGCGGGGAGCAGCAGCGAGCAGCCCAGGCUGAUUCGUGCCAGACACCAGUGAGCCGCAGGGAUGUGCCAGUGGAAGUCGGCAGCAGGUGGGGCGUCGAGGCGUGUCUUCCUGACUGGGUAUGGGUGCUCCUCUGGACUGGACUUACUCUCUAUGGCACCACGAUCACUUUUCUGUGCUCCACAAACAUCCCCUUCCGCUUUACCCUCGAGGUGGUGUUCCCGAUGAUCUUCUACGAGUUCAUCCUCGCGAUCACGAGCCCCACUGCCGAAGGUGCUUGCUUGGUCCGCUUGUGCCGCUCCAAGCCCAUGCGCUUCCUUGGUGACAUAUCCAUGUGUGCCUACAUGGUCCACGUGCUGCUUGGUGAAGCGUUGGGCUAUGCGACGGGAACGCACAUCGGUGCAUGGCCUUGGUGGACACCACUGGCAGUUCUGCCCAACGCGAUUUUGCUGGGCUGGAUGCUGACGGAGUUCUUUGAGAAGCCUAUUUCAAGGUGCCUCCGGCCAGACAAGCACGCCGCCCACCAAAGUCCUGUAAGCGAGGAGAAGAUCGAGAAGGAGUCGCGUACACCAGGCGCCGAGGUCCUAGGAUCCCCGUCGCCGGAGGGGUAA